AUGGCUGGUGGUAAUGAUCAAACGCCCCCUCCUCCUCCUUCUAAGUAUGAGCCUUUCACCGAUUAUUAUCUUCAUCCGAGUGAAGGUUCUCAAUUGGUGAUAUGUCCGGUGUUGCUUACUGUCGACAACUAUGAAGAGUGGUCGAGGUCAAUUCGCAACAAUCUUCGGUCCAAGAGCAAGCUUAGGUUUGUCGAUGGCUCUAUUGUUCAACCCGAUCUUAAGCAUCCUGUUUUUCGGCAGUGGGGUAUUGUUAAUUCUACUGUUGUUGCUUGGAUUUAUAAUACUCUUGAUGUUUCUAUUCGUUCUACUUUUAGUAUUCCUGAUGAUGCUAAAACUUUAUGGGAUGAUUUGCGUGAUCGUUAUUCUCUUGGUAACGGUCCUCGUAUUUUUGAAUUGAAACAUGAUAUUGCUGAUUGUAAACAACGUGGUCGCUCUGUUGCUGUUUAUUAUGUUUAUCUUGGUUUGGAACCUAAGAAGUUUGGUUCUGUGGUGUCUACUUUGUUGAUGAGUGACCCUUUACCUUCUAUGAAUGCUGCUUAUGCUAAAGUUGUUGCUGAUGAGCGUAAGCAUUCUGUGUCUGAGGCACAUGAGACCUCUUCUUCUUCUACGACUGUUGGUUUUAAUGCAACAGGUACGGCUUCAGGUCGAACCUUCGAACGGAUUGAGUGUACUUAUUGUAAGCGGUCUGGUCAUGAUAAGGACCAUUGUUAUCAGCUUCAUGGCUUCCCGGGUGGGGGGCGUGGUGGCAGUGGUGGUCGGUCUUCUGGUAAGGGCAAGGGUGAGUUUGCUGGUGCUGCUGGAAAUUCUCGUGGUAAUAAUGAGCCGGUUUCUGAUUCUGAUCGUGGGAGUGUUCCAACGAUUACUGAUGCUCAAUGGAAGGAACUCAUGUCUACGGUAAAGGGUGCCAAGUCUGGUUCUUCAUUAGAUGGCAACAUAUUGGUACGUAUAAUUCCAUUGAUUGGCUCAUUGACACUGGAACUUCAAAUCAUAUGUGUGGACCACAGUUUGAGGAACCUGAUUGGAGCAGGGGUCCAAUAUGAUGGGGUCUAUAUUUUUCGUCCGGUUCUUGCUCGGAAUCUGCAAGCAAACAAAGUGGUUAUUUCAGAUGCGAGUUUGUUAUGGCAUAGGCGUCUCGGGCAUCCGUCAAUGCAAGUUGUGAGCUCUCUUCCGGGAGUUUCUAGUAGUCAUAAUAGUCACUCUGUUUGUUCUUUUGAUUGUGACAUUUGUUUUAUGGGGAAGCAACCCCGAAACUCUUUUCCGUUAACUAUGAAUAAAACAUCUGGAAUUUUUUAUUUAGUUCAUUGUGAUAUUUGGGGUCCGAAUAAGAUUGUUUCUAGUUCUGAUGCUCGUUAUUUCCUAACCAUUGUUGAUGAUUUUUCUCGUGCUACUUGGGUGUUUUUGAUGGUUGGUAAAUAUCAGGCUUCUCAGUUAGUUCGUGAGUUUUGUGCUAUGAAGGGCAUUUUACAACAAACGUCGUGUGUUGACACGACUCAGCAGAAUGGUAGAGUUGAGCGUAAACAUCGUCACAUUUUGAAUGUGGCUCGUGCUCUUCGGUUUCAAGCUAAGUUGCCCAAGUAUUUUUGGGGUGAGUGUGUUAUGACUGCGGUGCAUCUCAUUAAUCGCACUGCUACUCCAGUGUUGAAAGGUAAAACCCCUCAUGAGCUUCUAUUUGGUCAAUUGCCUUCAUAUGACAGUUUGCGUGUUUUUGGUUGCCUGGAUUAUGCUGCGAACCGUCCUUGGGUUAAAGAUAAGUUUGAUUCUCGUUCCCGAAAAUGCAUUUUUGUUGGAUUAUGCUGCGAACCGUCCUUGGCGUCUUUAUGA